AUGAAACCGAUUCCAAUUUUUCCCGUUAUCGGAGGUUAUACAACAGGAUUACUGUUCAAUAGCUUUGGAGUUUCUUCUCAUAUUCAGAUGACUAUUCAAAUACUGCUCAUGGGAAUUCAAGCGUGUGUAAUAUUCUGUUCAUUUCUUAGAAAACAUCAAUCAAUUGUCACUAUCGAUAAGAAGUUUGAACUAGAGAAGUUGACUGACUGGGGGAUAAUUGUGUUCGUUCACAUUGAAAUGUUAAUUUUUACACUGUUAUUUUAUUCUGCCAGAGUUUCCAAAGAAGAUCAGAAGGCUUAUAUAAGAAAAAAUAUUCCGAAUCUCGAGGAAGAGCUGUCCAAGUGUCCAAGUUUAGAAAUUUAUGAUCGUGAAGUUAAUUAG